UGUUUGCCCGUCUCCCAGAGUCAACGACAAACUGACAUGCCAACGUCAAAUACACCAUCAAUUACUCCCGCGCUGGCAACUGACGCAAACUCAUAAUUACUAUUGAUAAUGGCAGAAGCCCUCGCCAUUGUCGGAGCCGCGUUUGGCGGUGUCGACAUCCUUAGCAAAUUAGUUUCCGCUAUUUUCAAGGUCAGCAAGUGUUUCAAGCAGAAAGGCGACAUACCAGACGAGGUCUACAGCUUCCUCGGACUCGCCCGCUCAUUUGAAACACAAAUCAAAAUCUUUUUAGAACUUGCCAGCGCCUUGCCUCCCAGCCUCACUAACAGGAAGUCACGAGAGGCGCAGCGUCUUAAACGACUUGCCAAAGACAUCAAGGCGCAGUGUGGGUCCGUCAGCAAGAGCGCAGGGAAGCUGGCCGAUGCUUUUACAGAGAUCAACUGGAGCGACACGAGACUCCUGAAUACUGCAGUUUCCUUCAUCCGUUGGCAGUUCAAGAAACCAGAUAUGGUCGAGCUGAAACUAAACCUCCAAAUUGCUCAAUCGAGCUUGUCACUGUUGGUCGGGCUUCAUAAUCUCGAGCGUACUAUCAACCGCGGUUACGCUUCUGAAAUAUUCGAAGCAGAAGUGAGGAGUAACCACCUCCAAAUAAUGGAGAUUUUUAAGCAGCAUUCGAAGCACAUUAAAGAAUUGGGAAUCCAUUGCGCCAAUCAUGCGAGAACUAGCCAAGCCAACGAUCAACUGUUAUCCUCCCUCAUGGUAGACAAUGUAAAACACAUCAAGCGAUACAUUGAGCGCACCGUCGAGAAGGAGAUGCGAAGAUAUGAGUCUAAAAGACGUGAUCCUAGCGUGCCACUUACGCACAGGGGCUCAAAGACUUUCGGGCGAGAGGACAGGCCAUCGAUUUCAUUGUCAACAACCAGUUUAGUACCUCCCUCAACACCGAAUCCAGAGCGGGCUCUUGUGUUGGCCAGGCCACGUGGACUUGCAGAACCAACUCCUGCUCACCUACCAGUACCUGCUUUCGAGGUACCACCUGCAAAGAGAUCUCUGUCCAUUAAAGCGCCUGCAGCUCAGGUUAUCGACUGCCGAGUGCGUGAUCGGGGCGACGGACCUACCACCGAGUUUGGCGAGUGGCCUAAGCAAGUCGGCCAGCUAGUUGAGGAGCCGGAUGACUCGUACGAAGAAGAGGAAUGGCGGAGUCGAAGUACGUCUCGGGGCCGCAGCGUCACUACAACAUGUGAGAUCUCAAAAAGACCUUUAACCCAGGCUGGAGAUGUCGAUGGGCAGCCGGACCAUACCCAGCCGCUUUCCGAACACGGGACAGCGUUGCGAAGGCCACAGGCAUCACCAAGGAACCAGCUUCAUCACCAAGAAAAUGUUUAUGACGACAGCGAGGAGGACGACGAGGAAGAAGGGAAGAAUAACUUUGAUAAUGAUGGGGUCGGCCAGCAACUCUCUAUAUGGCAGGAGGUGCCACCACGGGGACGGGUCGGAGGCAGUCGGCGGCCACGGAUGCCACGAUCACCUUCGCCCAUUAUGUGAGGAGCCCGGACGUUUAAUAGCAUAUACGCGCCAGACUAAGGAUGCAGUCCAAGUAGAACGACGUGGGACCUGGACCAGGAGAGGUUCGAGGCGGAAAGAGCCUCGAAGCAGCCAGACUGACACUAGGAAAUCUGAUUGAGUAGAACAUAUCCAAUGCAGUACCGUCCGUGAGGAUCGAGCACAGCGCAUGACGUGAUCGGCCAUUGAUUCAUUCAGUGAUCAUCAUCGGAAGGCUGUG